AUGGACACCGCAAAUGUUGGACAUUUGAUGAGCUUAGCAGCUCUCCAGAGACAAGACCCCUGCAUUAACAUGUUGCUUGACGUUACCGGACAGGUGGCCCUCUACAACUUCAACUCCAAAGUCAACGAAUGGGAGAAGACAGAAAUCGAGGGAACCCUGUUUGUUUAUACAAGGUCUGCUUCUCCAUACCAUGGCUUCACAAUCAUGAACCGACUGAGCACAAAAAACCUGGUUGAGCCAAUCAACAAAGACCUUGAGUUCCAGUUGCAGGACCCUUUCCUUCUCUACAGGAAUGGCAACAUGGGGAUCUACAGUAUUUGGUUCUAUGACAAGCGGGACUGCCAGCGCAUUUCUCAGCUUAUGGUCAAAAUUGUGAAACUAGAAGCUGAACAUGCCCAAAACCAAUCUCCAGAGAAGGCAGAGUCCAGACGGCCCAAUGGAGUGCCUGACACACGGCCAAGGGACAUUCUGGAGUUGCUUAGCAAAGCAAAGGAGGAAUACCAAAAGGCUCAGUCAGGAGAUGCACCAGAGCUGAAUGCAACUGGAGCUUUAAAUCCUCACAUCCACAGCUCUCAACUGCAUGAUAAGAAAGCUCAUACAAUGGUGAAGCAGAUAACAGUGGAAGAACUUUUCGGCUCAUCCAUUCCAAAGGACCCAUCUCUACCUGCAAUGCCGACCCAAAAUCUCACCACUGCUUCAGUAGACCCUUCAGUUACAUACCGUCAAAACCAAACAUAUCCCCCUUUACACUAUCAAAACGCUCACCGUCCUAACCACCUGACUGGCCAUGCUCCCCGAAAACACGCCCAGCUGCCUAACCCUUAUGCGUUACACCCGAGCCCCGUUUUCCAGCCGGCAGUACCGGGGGCUAAAUCGGCAGGGUCCCAACCUCAAAGUGGACCUGCAUUUCCCCCGUCUGCUCCCCGGGCUUAUUUGGAGCAGGAAAUAAUAGGCUCACUAAAACCAGCAGUCCAGUCGCUGAAUGCGGAUAUCCACAAACCCACCCUUGCGCCCAAUUUCCUGCCGAGCUCUCUGGUACCACCCCACAACUUCCAAGAACGCUUGAGUAAACAAAUACUACAGCUGUCCCAAGAAAUUGAUGUUCUCGCCAAAGCUCCAAACCUGAUUAAACCAAUAACAGCUGUGCCUAUGAGUCCUGGCCUUGCUAUGUCUGGGUCGGAUUCCGCCGUGCUUCUCUCUCCCAGCGCCUUCCAGCAACAAUCCAUCAAUAAGAAUGCAACAGCAGUAGUCCCCCCACCUCCCUCUGAACUCCCUACCACUUAUUUGGGGUCUGUGGAGUCCCCACAACCUUCCUGCAACAAAGCCCAGCUCCAGAAAACUCUCAUACACCUUAUUAAGAAUGACCCGGCUUUCCUAGGGGCCAUUCAUGAUGCGUACCUACGGAGUGUAUCCAAGGAUUUCAGUAACCUGAAGCUAUAA